AUUAAAACUUUGAAAUUCAUUUAAAAAACUGAGAUUAUUUCAACGUUUAAUGUAAGAAUCUGAAGUAAAACUGAAAACUUCCCGUUCGGCUGGUUUCAGGCAUCGUGUUUUCCCACCUGCUGUCGGCAACGGGGGGAGACGGGGAGGGGCGUGGCUUCCGAAGCCCCGCCCCUGUCACCUUAAUAAAAGUCAUCUGUGAAGUCAUGGUCAGACCAGCUGACCAGCAGGAAACUUUCUCCAUGAUUUUUCUAGUUUUUCGGAAUGUUUUAGAACUUUUCGUGUUGGAGGAUGGCGCAUGCGCAGAUGGUCAGGACGUGUGUGUUUGUGUGUGUCUGGUUUUCUGCUGCACCGCUGGAUUCAGAUUGCGAAGGAGGUGACUGCAGCAGCGGCCCGACUCCUCCGUCACCUCCCACCUCCUCCUCUCCCUUUCUGGAGAUGAAAUCCUCCCAUCUCUCCCAGGAAUUCCUGGAUCAGUUUGUCCAGGUGAAUUCCUCAAACAGCGGGGAGCGUAAACACCGGGACGCCGGCGCCGUCAUGCCCUUCGUCGGCCUCACCCGCAGUGCUGAUUUGAGUCGCAGCUGCUGCAAAAACGGAGGGACGUGUUUCCUGGGCAGCUUCUGCAUCUGCCCGCCGUUCUUCACCGGGAGGAACUGUGACUACGACACCCGCAUCAGGAGGUGUGACUUCAUUCCUCACGGGGAGUGGGUCCAGAAGGGCUGCUCCUACUGCCGCUGCAUGUACGGCGUCCUGCACUGCGUCCCUCACGUCUUCCAUAAAGACUGCGACGAUUCAGAGGAAGAGGUCCGCUGGAACCGCUCAUCGGCCGUCAGCAUGAAUCCGCUCACCCACUUCCUGUUCUUCACCUUCUCACUGCCAGUGUCUCUGCUGCUCACCCAUGUGUUUACCUGAGACUGCCUCACCUGCAGUCUACAGCAAACUACCGACAGCAGGGUUGGCGGUAUUAUUGAGUUUAUCGUACACCACUGGCAGCUGGGUCGCCGGUGGUGUACCGUAUUUUAUAGAUAACUUUAUUUACAACAAAUGUGACACAAAACAGAGACUUGAUGCACAGUGGGUUGGUUUUUGGAGUUUUAUUUUGUUUAAGCUAAAAGAUCGACGGAUCUGUUUCCACUUGUGGAGAUUUCAACACAAACACACGCAGACGCGACGAUUCCCGUCACAAACACCGGGAGUUUCUAUGACAACCACCGCAAAUGAAGUUUUGCUUUUUUGACUCUCAGACAAAAUGUGCAUUCUGAUUUUAUUACUUAGCAACGCUGCAGAGAAGGAGACACCUGGAAAAGGAUCAAUGAAACCAUAUUUAUGGGAAAGACGGAGACGACGGAGACCCUCUGAGCCCAAAGCUGAAUUCAGCCAGAUGGCUUUAUUUAUUUAAGAAAACGAACCGAGCCUUGGGUUUUCAGCAUGUGUCUUCCUAACCCAAACCCUAAUUAUCUACGUCUCUAUGUGUCCGUCAGCGAUUGAAGACGUUUGUGUCUGCAGAAAGAUGCUUCUGUUUCUCAUCUCUAAAAACAAAACAAAGGAAACUUAUUUUAAUGAAGUCAUUCGGCGUCAUGACCAGAUUUAGGUUGUCAGACUGAGCUGACCUGAACGUAAACGGGGAACCGUGUUUAUUGCUGUUCCUGCUGGGACAGGAAAGGUGUCCCAGGUGUUGCGGGACCGGACCAGAACCCAAGCCUGCUCUGUUAUCUGGAGGUAUUUCCAGUGGGAGCUGUCGUCCACGCUUCUUAUCUAUGGAUGAGCUCUAAUUUGAUUAUCUGCUGCUCCUCUUAUCUUAAACAAACACAUCAGCUGUUGUUCUGCAGUUUGUCAGCAUGCUGGAUGAAAAAAAUCCUGACUCAAUAAACGGAUUUAAAAGGU